AUGAAUCAUUCUUUUAAUCCUUUCGCGGCCGCCGCUCCCAUCGCCGUGCCUUCCGCUCCGGACUUGAGAAUCGGCUUCGGAUCCUUCUACAUUCCGAAGCAAAACUCGCUCGGACCACAAGGAGAGGAUGCUCACUUCAUCUCCACACCGGACAAAGUCUUUGGAGUGGCGGACGGCGUCGGUGCUUGGGCGGAGGAAGGGAUCGACUCCGGCGAGUAUGCCAGAGCACUGAUGGCGAACUGCGCCGCCGCAGCAGCGGCGGACGUAGACGCAGAUCCGAAGAGGAUUCUAACGAAAGGUUACAUGAAAACAACGAGGAUUCUCGGAUCUUCAACCGCCUGUAUAAUCGCUCUGAGAGGUAAUGCGUUGAAGGCGGCGAACAUAGGCGAUAGCGGAUUCAUGAUCUUCAGAAAGAAGAAACUCGUUUUUGUAUCGGUAUCGCAACAACACCAAUUCAACUGUCCUUUUCAAUUGAUGGCUGGAUUUGAUCUUGGAUUGCCGAUACAGCCUUGGGAGUGUAGAGUUGAAGUUUCGGCCGGAGAUAUCGUCGUCGUCGGUACGGAUGGGUUAUUGGACAAUGUUUUCGCGAGCGAGAUCGAGAAGGUUCUGAAAGAGGAGGAACGAGUUGACCCGGGAAAAUUGGCUUGGCGAUUGGCUGGGUUAGCAUUGAGGAACUCGUUUGAUAAGUGUAGAACAACGCCGUUUUCGGCUGCGGCUAGAAGGGCGGGGUUCUCGUGCGACGGAGGCAAGAUUGAUGAUAUUACGGUGAUUGUUGGACACGUUCAAGAAGGCAAAGUAAAGCGUUUCUGA